UAAAAGCGGGUCCGGCGCGGGCCUGACCAUUCGCGACCCGGAGCUAAGCGGGCGCGAGCGAGUUGGGGCUCUGGGUGGGCGGCGGCAGCAGCGGCGCCACGCGCAGGCUGGAGGCCGCCGAGGCUCGCCAUGCCGGGAGAACUCUAACUCCUCCAUGGAGUCGGCCGACUUCUACGAGGUGGAGCCGCGGCCCCCGAUGAGCAGCCACCUCCAGAGCCCCCCGCACGCGCCCAGCAGCGCCGCCUUCGGCUUUCCCCGGGGCGCGGGCCCCGCGCCGCCCCCAGCCCCACCUGCUGCCCCGGAGCCGCUGGGCGGCAUCUGCGAGCACGAGACGUCUAUAGACAUCAGCGCCUACAUCGACCCGGCCGCCUUCAACGACGAGUUCCUGGCCGACCUCUUCCAGCACAGCCGGCAACAGGAGAAGGCCAAGGCGGCCGCGGGCCCCGCGGGUGGCGCCGGCGACUUUGACUACUCGGGGGCCCCAGCGGGCCCCGGCGGCGCGGUCAUGUCCGCGGGGGCGCACGGGCCGCCUCCAGGUUACGGCUGUGCGGCGGCCGGCUACCUGGACAACAGGCUGGAGCCCCUGUACGAGCGCGUCGGGGCGCCCGCGCUGCGGCCGCUGGUGAUCAAGCAGGAGCCCCGCGAGGAGGACGAGGCGAAGCAGCUGGCGCUGGCCGGCCUCUUCCCCUACCAGCCUCCGCCGCCGCCGCCGCCGCCGCACCCGCACGCGUCUCCCGCGCACUUGGCGGCCCCACACCUGCAGUUCCAGAUCGCGCACUGCGGCCAGACCACCAUGCACCUGCAGCCCGGCCACCCCACACCGCCGCCCACGCCUGUGCCCAGCCCGCACCCCGCGCCCGCGUUGGGUGCUGCGGGUCUGCCGGGUCCGGGGAGCGCGCUCAAGGGAUUGGCUGGCACGCACCCCGACCUCCGCACGGGCGGCGGCGGCGGUGCCGGAGCCGGCAAGGCCAAGAAGUCGGUGGACAAGAACAGCAACGAGUACCGGGUGCGGCGGGAACGCAACAACAUCGCGGUGCGCAAGAGUCGAGAUAAAGCCAAGCAGCGCAACGUGGAGACGCAGCAGAAGGUGCUGGAGCUGACCAGUGACAAUGACCGCCUGCGCAAGCGGGUGGAACAGCUGAGCCGUGAACUGGACACGCUGCGGGGCAUCUUCCGCCAGCUGCCGGAGAGCUCCUUGGUCAAGGCCAUGGGCAACUGCGCGUGAGGCGCGCGGCUGCGGGACCGCCUUGGGCCGGCCCCCUGGCCGGGGACCUGGAGAAUGAUUUCGGGUCCCUGGAUCUCUAGGCUGCCCCGGCCGUGAAAGCCAGGACUAGGAGAUUCCUGAAAGCUUGGCCUACUCCGCGUGUCCCCUCCCUUCCUCUGAGCCGGACUCGGUGCGUCUAAGAUGAGGGAGUCAGGCCGCGAUUUCUCCUUGAAACCGGGAGACUUUUCCAUGCAGCUGAGCUGGGAGCCCGGCCAUUCUAGUAUUAAGGAAGUAACCCUGUGCCUUGGAUACUCAAAACUCGCUCCUUUUCCUACCGAGUAGGGGGAGCAAACAUGUGCCUUGAUAUUUUAUUUGGAGGAUUCCUGCCUCCUCCGAGGCUGCAGCAGGCCCCCAUGAGAGAAUGAAGGGUGCAGGCCCAGGGCAGGAGGAAGAUUCAGGAAGCUGAGAUCCCGGCAGUGCUCCGCAGCUGCCCCUCAGUCGCUGACCUUAGAGGGGAGGGACUUAGGGAGUUGGAGAUCUGAUUCUAAGAGUGCCCCCCACACACCUCAGUUACGUGGAGGUGGAGGGUUCCUAGUUCCUUGCUUCUUCCACCUCCACGUCCACUCCCCACCUCAGCUUGCAACAGGCUAAGUUUCCUGGGUGAGUUCAUGGAGAAUGGGGGGGCGGGUGUGUGUGUGUGUGUGUGUGUGUGUGUGUGUGUGUGUGUGAGCACCACCCCCAGUCAGACCAGAAAGCUAGGUUGUAAGUUAGCCAUGUGGUUAAGGGAGUGGUGGGGGACGACGGAAACCUAGGUUUCUGGUCUUGGGAGCGGGGGAGGAAAGGACACCGGGACCAUCAGCCUUGUGUGUACUGUAUGUCGCCAGCCGCUGUUGCUGAAGGAACUUGAAUCGAUCCAUCCCAGAGGGACUGGAGUUAUGACAAGCUUCCCAAAUAUUUUGCUUUAUCAUCCGAUAUCAACACUCUGUAUCUGGUCUCUGUGUCCCAGCGGUGCCUUGUGCAAUGUCAAUGUGCACGUCUAUGCUAAACCACCAUUUUAUUUGGUCCUUUGUUUUGUUUUGGUUUUGCUCAGAUUCUUGCCAAAAUGAGACUCUUCGCUGGCGGCUGGGGGAAGAAGCUGAGGAGGCUCCCUUUCCUUUUGGUUUGGGGAUUUUGGUUGUUUCCUUUUGUUUUUUGUUUUUUUGUUUUUUGUUUUUUUUCUUUUGCUCCCGGAGGACCGAUGAAAUGAAGUAGGUUUUCCCCUCCCCCCAGUUUUCCAAGGGUGUCGUGGGUCUUAGCUUCCUCCAGCUGAGACGGCCUACAGGCCUCCUCACCUCCACCCCCCCCCCCCCCCCCCCCCAAAGGCCCUGGCUCUGGGUCUGGAAAGAAGGCCACCUCCAGCCAAUUCCUGCACACCCCUGUGGCUGGGAGCAGGGUGGACUGCUACCUUCUCUUCUUUGGGGGGGGACACAAAGAUUCAUGCUAGAUGUCGUAUGUAUUAUAUCUAUAAUAUAAACAUAUCAAACUCAA